AGCCGCGGGCAGAGCUGCGUGGAGAGUUGAGGCGAGCGGGCGUGGGGUGCGCACCCCGCGGAGAAACCCCUAUCGAUGCGUUCUCGGUUGGACUCAGGCUCCAGUUCAGGAGCAGUCUUGUAGCUGGAUCCCUUAGGAAGAAAAGUUCUAAAGCUGUGAGAAGAAAGUCUUUCAAUUUGGAACACUUAUUUACAGCUGGAAAUGGGGAAUGGACUGUCAGACCAGACUUCUAUCCUGUCCAGCCUGCCUUCAUUUCAGUCCUUCCACAUUGUUAUUCUGGGUUUGGACUGUGCUGGAAAGACAACUGUAUUAUACAGGUUGCAGUUCAAUGAAUUUGUAAAUACCGUGCCUACCAAAGGAUUUAACACUGAAAAAAUUAAGGUCACCUUGGGAAAUUCUAAAACAGUCACUUUUCACUUCUGGGAUGUAGGUGGUCAGGAAAAAUUAAGGCCACUGUGGAAGUCAUAUACCAGAUGCACCGAUGGCAUUGUAUUUGUUGUGGACUCUGUUGAUGUUGAAAGAAUGGAAGAAGCCAAAACUGAACUUCAUAAAAUAACUAGGAUAUCAGAAAAUCAAGGAGUCCCUGUACUUAUAGUUGCUAACAAACAAGAUCUGAGGAACUCACUGUCUCUCACGGAAAUUGAGAAAUUGUUAGCAAUGGGGGAACUGAGCUCAUCAACUCCCUGGCAUUUGCAGCCUACCUGUGCAAUCAUAGGAGAUGGACUAAAAGAAGGACUUGAGAAACUACAUGAUAUGAUUAUUAAAAGAAGAAAAAUGUUGCGACAACAAAAAAAGAAAAGAUGAAUGGGGAUAACAUUUGUGUGGAGUAGGUUUUCUCUGACCUGAUUUUGACAAGUGGAAGAGUGUCUACAGCCUGGUUUGCCUGCCUGCCGUCCUGGAUGCUGUUAAAGCUUUGUUUUGUUGAACAAUCAGAUGCCCAAUUCUAUUGCCUUGUGGAAGAUGAGUAAAUGCAGUGCUUCUUAAAGUGUCUCUUCCUACCCCACAAAUCUUUUGGUACUACCAUUUUGGGAAGCCAAGCAAGGAUAGUAAAUUGACCAGAAAACACAGUUGUGGAAUUUGACUUGAAGUUAGUGAAAUAAAACUUUGAAGAGUG